AUGGACAUCCCUGACUAUAGGACACCUGAUGAUAUCAAGACUGCAAUCAAAGACCACAGGCCGAAAGGGAGCAAGAAUGGAGAGAUUGGAGAGAUAAGUCUUGUUUACGUCCUCAAAGCGUGGCGGAGGCAAGGAAUUGCAUUGACACUCCUGUCGGAAACCUUCAAGGAGGUGAUACCUACGAUGAACUUCCCUGUCAAGCAGUGA